AAACGCUCAGGGUUGCAGCAGAACAUCCCCCUUCGUCUUACCCCCCCUCCAUCGUUUCGCUGUUUUUUAAGAAAAUCUCACGCAUCAUCCAUUUUCACUCUUAUUAUUACCUAUUUUUUCCGAACUGCACUUUUUUUUCUUGCGGCCAGUUGCAUGCAUUGUUCGUCUCCCAAAAUGGUUUGCGAGACUAAAAUUGUUGCGGAUGAACACGAUGCUAUACAUGGGACCAAAAAAGAGUCGAUCCUGUGGAGCUCUCCUCCGUCCAGCGCGCCUCUAAACCCGGCCGAGGCUAAGGAUGUGAGGAAAGAUGUGGUUUUUAUCCGCGAGUUUGAACGCGGGGAUCAAGAGGAGGUGCGCCGAAUCUUUUACGAAGGUAUUAUGGAGAGGAUACCCAACACAGCGUUUAGGGGGCUCUGGCAGCAGCCCAAGACCCAGUUUUUAUAUGCUCUUCUGACAAUAAUGUGCUUUUACAUGACCAAAUCCGUCAUGCUGACCUGCUGUGCACCCCUCAUUCUCAUGGGUGCACGCUACUACUACAGCAGGAAAGUUAUCCAGAACUAUCUGGACUGUGCUCUGCACACGGACAUGGCUGACAUAGAUGCUUAUUACAUGAAACCCACAGGUUCCUGCUUCUGGGUGGCAGUGCUCGAUGGUCGUGUGGUGGGCAUUGUGGCGGCGCAGGGGCAUGAGGAUGAGAACACAGUGGAGCUGCGGCGGAUGUCGGUGGACUCCCGCUACCGCGGCAAAGGCAUUGCGAAGGCACUGGGCCGUCGCGUCCUGGAGUAUGCCAUGCGCAACAAUUACGCCGGCGUGGUCCUCGGCACAACGGCUGUCAAGCUGGCCGCCCACAAGCUGUAUGAGUCACUGGGUUUCCGCAGAACGGGCCAGAGCGAAGACUACCGGCUACCCGGGAUGAGCCGCUCGCCGCUGGAGAGGCUCUUCUUCCAGAUCCGCCAUACCCGCUAUCGCCUGCAGCUUCCCCUCCUACCUCCCAUUCAUGAAUCUGUCUGCAACCCUGGGCUAGACCAUGCACCCUCCAUUUGAACCCUGCAUAGCCUCCGCUGACCUUUGACCUAUCCUGCCCAAGUUUCCAUCCAUUCCCAGCCCCUCUCUGCAUGUGCCACAGAGCCUUGCUGCACUGCUUUUACUACUCCAUUUGAAGCUUGUUGCAUCAGCUGUAGACCCCGCCCCUAAUCUGAUGUCAUCUAGGCAGUGUGGCGCUGCCAGGACUGGCUGGAGCCAAAUUGCACAUGAUGUAUGGCUGUAUGGGCGUGAUGCUAAGGAGUCAGACAGUGAGGGAGAAAAUGCCUCUGUGUGUGUGUGUUUGUGUGUGUUUAGAGUUGGUGCAGACACUCACCAAAUGCAGCACUGCCUGGAUGACAUUAUGCCUGCCAGCCAACCAACUGUAGAAUGCAAAAGCAAUGCAAGUGUGGCAUGCCUCUGUACCCGGUGUGUGUACGGUGCCUGCCCUGGAAAAGUGUAGAAAAAAGUGAAUUGAUUUUAUAUAUAUAUAUAUAUAUAUAUAUAAAUAUAUAUAUACACUGCAUAUAUGAAAAAAGAAAAUAAGCUUCUUCUUUAAUAUGAACAUAUAGAAAAAAUGUGUUUCUUUCUUCAAGAAAAAAAAAAAGAAAAAGAAAACUUGUACCAUUUGCAUGAAAUGUGUCUUUGAAUGCAAAUAUAACUUUUAGAGGAGAAACUCCUAGCACAUGGAUUACAGUGGAACCAUAGACUUGUAUUAUUAUUUUUUUAAAUAAUGUUUUACGUUCUCAUGACAAGGGUGUAAAAUUAAUACCAGCCACAAGCCAGUGCUCAGAAACCUUCACAAGGUAACAGUCUAGAAAUUGCAUCUGAAUCUAAAAGCCUUGCUGAAUUUGAAAGUAUUUGGAUUAAUCUGAUAGUGGCUGGCGGUCGAAUAGGGUUAGUUUCUUUCAUUAAUCGGAGUGGGAGUGAAGGAAUAUGAUUGGAAGUGUCUUUUUCUUGUGGUAAGGUUCACUAGAUUUUCACUGAGCAUUUGACAAACAAUGCAGAAAAAGGAAAAACUGUCCCUUGCCAAGUUUAUCCUAAAGAAAACAAGUCAGAUGUUUGGACUUUAACUGUCCUCAAUGCCUAACAUGCAUACCUGUUUUCUUCUGCCUCACAAUCAAAGCCUGGACAUCAGGUCCUAUGAUACUAAGACUUCUUCCCCUUAACUCCUUUAGUUUGAGCCAUGAGAAGUGACAGUUGUAGAGGAGGCUCAGCCACUGGUAUGCUUUUAUCGUUUAAACAGAGCCAAUUCAAAAAAAUCCAGAUGAGACACUACAGAGUAAAAACAAGGCACAAAAGCACUGAAAGCAUCAAACAGUUCUGUUUUCAGAUGGUUUCACUGGGCCGACAUGUGGAGGUUGCCUCACACCACCUUGAUGCAUCUGCUUUGAACUUGGUUGUUGCUGGAGAGUCAAAAAGGGAGCCACACUUUAUUUUUGUCAUGUUUCUGGAGCAACAGCUACCAAGGAACUUCACGUGAAAUUGGGGGAACAGGAUGCAGUUAGAACCAAUUACAGAAGGAACACCAAUAACGAAGGGUCAGACUAAUGAUUCGGAGUUCUUCACAGAAAACACAGUGGUUAUCCCUGUCAGUGUAUUCAGGCCCUUACUGCAUGGCUCAGCCUCGUUUGAGGUUGACAGUGGGAAUUGGGCCUUCCUGAAUUGGUCUAUUGACACCCCCCCCCCCCCCCCCCCCCAAAAAAAAAAAAAAAACAAAACAAAAAAAACCCUGUUUAGAUCUUGUGGAGGAAUGUGAAGUCUGUUGAUUCUGAGCCAUUUCUGCUGCUGCCAAUCUCAGUUUCUGCCUGAUGAAAUUUUCUAAAGCUCCUUCAUGUAUUUUGGGAGAAAUUAUUAUCCAUAUUGGUACAUAUUCUAAACAAAAGACAACAAUAUUCAAAAUGCCUUUGCCAAGGCCUUAUGCACUGGAAUCAAACGCUGGAGUUUAAAUAUCUUGUGGACUGCAUGACUCGAGGUAGUUAAGGGUUGACUUUGAAUUGUAAAGGUAAAGUGCACUGACUAAAAUGCAUUUAUUAUUAGUCUGAGCAAUGUCUGUUUUCUACUUAAUGUGAAUGCUAUGCCCUGUGAAGCCUGACCUCCGUAAAACUGGUAGUGCAUACUUAACGUUAGAAUGUAGAAACUGUAUGCAACGUCUACCAGAGUGUAUAUUUAGUUACACACCGUUCCUAUGAAGUAUUCUGCUGAUGUACAAUCCAAAAACCAAUCUCACACCUUUUCUGUUUGGUUUCCUGUGAUUUGUUUGAGUGCGAGUGUGCAUUUCCUACUGGUUGAGGUUCGAGAGGGUAUGCUGCAUGGACGCCUCUCCUGCCGGAGAAGUCUCUUUUAGUACAGAGGGCUUUAAAUCCAAAAAUGAUCAUCCGAUGCUCUUCUCUGAUGGAUAAAACAGAGGCACAUCUUCAGCUUUUUUUUUUUUUUUUUAAAUUAAGUGGCCGCUUCAUGUUCAGACUGGGUAAAAUAGCUAAACAGUUUAACUAUCAGAAUCUGUCAUGAUUUUCAUCCAGUUUAUCUACUGCUAAAGGAGUAUAGGUUUGAAAACUGCACAAAUGUACAGAUCCUGUGGGUGUGUUGUGUUACUCUGAUGGUGUGUGUCCAUGCUCAGCAGCCUUGUGGGCGAACAUUCAAAGGCAUGAAUGUAAACUACCAACAUUUUAGGUUUUUAAGUCCUUUUUUUUCCUGGUUGCUUUUUGAAUGUGAAAAACAGUGUAAAGAAAAGAAAAGGUUAAAAGAGCUAUCAGUUCUUUCAUUAGAUGACUCAACUGCUACAUUAGACGUUAGGCUUUUUCGUGAGAUUGUAAAUAGCUGCAUCUCUCCCUACUGCUUAUGUAUUAUUUACUGCAGCCCAUCAUCUUUGCUGGUUUUAACCAGUCCCGACGGAGUUCAUUUUUGUCUCGGAAAAUGGAUGUCGCCUGGACUGUUCCACCUGAUGAGGAGGGCGAGGGAGGAAUGUGCCACAUUGGCAGU